GUUAGUACAUGACGUGGGAAAGAAUUCAGCCAAACAAUGAAUGAGAUGAUGUGAAUUCACUUACUUGUUAUGAGUUUGCUUAGAUUAUUCUCCGGAACUUUAGAAUCUCGAAUGUGGACUAAGUCGCGUAAUCGGAACUGCUUUCUAUCUAUUAACUAACUGAAACUACAGGGGAUAACAGCCAUUGAUGCUAUUAAUCCCAAUCUCUUACUUCUUUCAAGUGCUUAGAUUUUUUUAAAGGUUGGAUUUUUUUUAACUUAUACUCCGGCCAUAAAUAUAUGCUGUAAUGAAUUCAAAUAAAUCCCCUGAUGAAGAUGGAUUCAUAACUGUUAAAUACAAAGGCAGGAAAUACAUCAAAUGUGUAACUCCAUCAGAAUUGUCAGCUCGGUAUCAACAAUUAGAAACUACGAAUGUAGUGUUUGAUAAGAAGAAGUUUGAGUCUAUUGUUGAAGAUGUUAGAAAUUCAAAUUUUUUUAUGAAUUUUAAAGAAAAUAUAUUGUGUACACUGAACAAUUUCUAUCGUAAUGUAGAAUCUGACUGUCAUGACAAUUUCAUCCAUGAUGUUGAAGCAUUAUCAAUGAAUGAUAAUAAAAUGCUUGAUAUUGUUUGCUAUGGACUUGGACAUUUUGCAUCAUGUUUAACAGCAAGAUAUCAGCUUGCAUUUUUAAUCAACUUAAAAGAUAUUUUAUCGCCAAGAAUCAUUUAUGUUUUUGAUCCAGUAUUUUCCAAUGAGGAAAAAAGGGUUUUGAAAAUUUUUGGUCUAACUGUUUUAAAGGAAAAUGAAGAAGGAAAGCGAACUGUACUCAACAGAACUAUUUUUUUCAUGCCUCAUUGCGAUUUAUAUUUGUAUAACAAUCUUUUAUGGGCUAAUUGGAGUAAAGAUAGCCUUUCAAAAUUAAUUAUAAUUGGAAAUAGUUUUCAAGGUUAUCUCCUUCAUAGGACAGAGAAAAAUUUAAAAGAGGAAGCCAUUUAUGUAAAUUAUGCAUCAAAAUUUGUAAGAGAAGUUAAAAUUGUCAAUAAUUUUAAAUUUUUAGAUAUAUUCAAUAAUUUAUCCCUUCAUUGUUUUCAUAUUAAUGCUUUAAAUGAGGUACCUGUAAAAAUAUGGAAUGAUAAUAUUGAACCUAUUUCUGAUGAUUAUGAAAUAAUAAAAAAUGUUUGUUAAAUAUUUUUGAUGUAAUGUUCUUUUUGAAUAUUAAUAUAUUUAAUAAUUUAUUCUUUAUUUUAGUGAAUGAUAUUAAAUUGAUUUGAUAGCUGAACCCUCCCCCUCCUCUCCCCUGAAAGAUUUUAAU